UUGGCAUUACUGAUAAUUUAAAAUUGGUUGAUGGUAGCAAUUCGUAACGUUUCUAACGGAUGAUAUAUAGUGUUGUUUCAAAAAAAUUAAUAAUAGGUGUAAAAUUGAGUGCAAUUAACACAUUAGAAUUAGAAUAUAAAAAUGAGUCGACAUAGAAGACGAGCUAAUGAUUUUAUAGAUUCCUUAGAUAGCAUUCGACAUUCUGAAAUUGAUUCUGAUUCACUUUGUUCGAUAUCUCAAGACAAUUCGAAUGAAGUUGGAAGUAAAUAUAUUAAUACCAAUGAUAGUAUAAUCAGUGAUAUUAAUAAUAAAUAUUCCUCUACUUUAGCUAAUAAUUCUUUGAAACAUUCCUUUACAGAAAAUCUAUCAAUUUUUAAAUCUGCCCCAGAUUUAAAUAAACGUAUUGAUUUUUUUCAAGUUGAACAAUUAUGCACUGAAAUGAAUGAUAAUAAAGAAAAUGAUCCUCAAUGUUCUAUGAAAAACAAUAAUAUAUGUAACAAGUUGUCAAAUACUAUUAAUACUAAAAAACAAAGUAUAGAUUCAAACAUUAAAUUAGAAUCUAAUCCAAUAAAUGAAAAUUCAAAAAGGGAUACCAAUUACAAUAUAAACAAUAAUAAAACAAAUGUAAAUUUGUUCUCAGAAUAUCAAGAUAAACAUGUAAAUAAUGGAACAUUUGAAGCAAUUCUUUGUUCAUUAGAUGAUCAAGUUAAUCAAAUAAGAGAUAAAAAACAAAUCUGGAAACGUUUAUCUAACAAAUUUAUGCAUUCACCAGAAAACUUUACUGAAAAGCUUUUAACUAUCAUCGAAGAAUCUGUCAUAAAUAAUGAUAAUGAUGUAAAUGAAACAUCUGCGAUAGAUUUAAGUAGAUUAACAACAGAAUUCAGAAAAAUGUGCAAAUUUAUAGAAAAUGAAUCUCAACCUGAAUGGCCUGAAUCACCAGUGUGUACUUUUUCAUGUUUAGAACAAAUAUCUAUAAAUUCUACACAUAAUACACCUCUUCAUAUGAAACAGAAUAAAAAUGAAAUGUUAUGUUCUCCCAUAAAUAGGUCUACAUCUGUUACACCUAUUUCUGGUAUAGAUAUAAUUAAAAAACGAUUUUUUGCUAAAAUAUCAAAAAAUAAUACUAGUGGAAGUAUUGAAAAUCUGAGUAGUACAUCAUUUGAACAUUUGGAAGCUCAAUGUAACCAAUUAUUUCCUAAAGAAAAAGAACAUUCUAAAACUUUAUGUAAAUCUUUAUCAAUGUCUUCUUUAUUGAGUAUGAGUGAGAUCUAUAAUAAAUGUGAGCAACAAAUGGCAUCACUGAAUGUAUCUAUAGGUGAUAUAACUUCAGAAGAAAAUAUACUAUUAAAUACUCCAAAAUCAUCAAAUAAAUAUUUAUGUCAAAGUCCAUCUUCAAUAUUUACAAAGAAAUUAGAAUUUAAUUGUUCAACAUUGAAAGAAUUACACAACAAAUCAAAAGAUGAUCAAUGUAAUGAUAUUUCAUAUUCUAAGAAAAAAUCUAGAAAAAUAAAUGAAAAACCUGAUUUCAAUAAAACAAUAUCUGAUAAAUUUAAAAGUAGUUUUGAAAUAUUAGAUCCAGAUGAAUUAGAGAAAACACUUUUACAAGAUAUAGCAGAAAAAAGAAAAAGAUGUCUUAAUACAGCAAGAAUUAUUUCAGAAAUUAAUGCAGAUCCUGAAGCAAUAGAGGCACAAAAAACAUUAAGAAUAUCUCCUGAUAAUGAGUUAAAUUCAUUGAAUGAUGAAACUAAGUUUUUGCAAACUUUAGUAUCUUGUAAAGAUUAUCAAACAUAUUUAGAAAAACAUAAACCUCUUUUAAAAAUACUUCAAAAUUCGAAUUCUAAUGCAAAUGAAAAUAGUUUUAGAAAAACUCAAAAAUCAGACAUAAAAUUUGAGGAAAAUUCAGUUUUACAAAAAAAAAUUUUAGGACUUUUAAGUCCAAAUAUAAAAUCUUGUAAUCUACAUAGAUCAUCACAAUCAAAAAAACAAAAAGAAAAAAAUGAAGAGAAAAUAGAAAAUAAAAAACCAAAACUUUUUGUCACACCAGGAGAAACUCCUCCAAAUAAAAAUAAUAGAAAGAAAAAAGUAUAUUUCCCUAAUAUGCAAAGUCCUGUAAAACAUAUUGUAAAAAGUCCACAUGCAGAAGGCUUAUAUCGAUUAAAUUAUAAUACUAUAAUAUCACCAGUGGGUAUGUAUAUAAGAGGUACUGAUACACAACUUAUAAAAAAUAUACAUGCUAAAACAGAUCAGUUAUUGCUUACACCUGUGAAAAAAAAUGUUGAAGUAUCAUUAAAUAGAAAUUCAAAACAAAAUAUUUCAUCAAAAGGCAUACAUAAAACUGAAGGAAUCCCACCACUCAAGAUUAAUUUAUCUCCUAAAAUAAAUACAAAUAAACAAGAGACAACAAAAACUUUAGAAAAUUUCAGUACACCUGAAAAUCAAUUUGUACUUCCUAGAGUUUCAUAUAAACUUCCUUUACAAAUUAAAACGAUAACGAGAAACAAAUCAUGUAAGCAAGGAACUCGCGUUAAGAAAUUAUUGGAAACUGCUCAAAGUAAAAUUGUUAUCCGACAUCAAGGUCGGAUUAAUUCGGUACAGAAAGGAAAGGAUACAACAGAUAUUGGAAUGUAUGAAAUUAAUUAUGAACCUGAAGAUGAAUCUAUACAUAUUGAACAAACUGCUAAUAAAACAAAUUUUAUUAAUAAAUGGAAAAAUUAAACAGAAUGUGAAUUGCAUAUUUGCAAUAAUGUUGAUAUUUUAUAUUUUCAUUAUAAUUGAAAAAAGCAAUUAUUUUUAAUAAAGUAUAUAUAAUCUUGUUUAA